CAUGCGCUCGGGACGGUUGUUGGCAGUUCGCAACUUCGCAUCGGGAUCUCCUAUCGUUAUGGGUGUCUGGGCCAUAGGCCUAGGAAAUCUCCAUCUCCACGCCCCAGACACCAAAAUCAUCACCGAGUGAACGACCCAGGAAACUCCGCCGCACCGAGCGCGACCCAGAUCACAAAGAUGGAGACCGAAUCGCCGAUGCAGGAGACAGUCUACGGGACGGGCAACGAGGAGACGCACGACGUGAUGUCCGAGAAAGUCCAGACCCUGGCUGGGAACAUCUACCAGGAGUUCCAGCGAAUGAUCGAGAAGUACGACGAAGAUGUCGUGAAAGACCUGAUGCCGCUCGUGGUGAACGUACUCGAGAGCCUAGACCUGGCGUGCAUGGAAAACCAGGAGCAUGAGGUCGAGCUGGAACUACUCCGGGAGGACAACGAACAGUUGGUGACUCAAUACGAGCGCGAAAAACAGCUGAGGAAAGCGUCCGAACAGAAACUUUUAGAAGUCGAAUACACGGUCGACGAUGACCGUCGAGACCUCGAAGGCAAGGUUGAGGGCCUUGAAUCCGUCAUUCGGAUGCUGGAGCUCAAAUCUAAGAACACUUCGGAUCACGCAAACAGGCUAGAAGAAAAAGAAUCGGAAAUGAAGAAAGAAUUCUCUAAGCUACACGAACGAUACACUGAGUUGUUCAAAACACACAUGGACUACAUCGAAAGGACAAAGAUACUGUUUGGCUCCGAUCGAAUGGAGAUGACGGGUUCCAAGGGAAACAGGCUGGGGCUCCACUUUGCCCCGAGCAAGUCGCCCGGAGGUCCGUCGUCGCUAGCGCUGUCGGGCGAAACGACGCCGGCCAGGAGUGUCGCGAGCCUACCCGACUACCCCGACCUGAUCUCUCCCACCAAGAGUCCCGACGCCAGCACCAACCUCAAGAGCGAGAUACAGGAAGUUAAAGUGGGAGUGGCAUCAGCAACAACUGUGGCACCACAACCAGCGACGGAGCAACCUUCUAAAGUUGGCCAAGUACAGACUACGGAACGACUCAACUUGGCUUGUUUCUGGCUUGGCUCAGAGAGCGGAUGGGUGGAUGGAUUCAGCACAGACAUGUCUAUGUCCGAGACGACGUCGCUGACCCCCGAGGUCGAAGACAUUGAGGAGAUUGCUAUGGACAGCGAAGUGGGCAUCGACAAGACAACAGUUCACAGAGAGCAACGAAGGCCAAACACUCUCUACCAGGAGUUGAGUUUCCACGACGAAAAUUUGGGCGAGGGUGAAGACGGUUCUGACGUCACAGAGAGCGACAGUGAGAAUGAGGCCGAUAAUCAUGCUGGCAAAAACGUUACUGACAACAUUUUCGGCAUGGGCAAAGAAGUGGAGAACAUUAUCAUGGAGAACAUCGAACUGCUUGCCACAAAGAAUGCGCUAAACAUUGUUAAAGAUGACCUAAUCGCCAGGGUUGACCUCCUCACCAGUGAGAAGGAGAUUCUACAGGGGGAGCUGAAGGCGCUGGAGCACAUCAGGGACGCCCAAAAGCAGAAGAUCCACGAGAUGGAGGAGGAGAUGAAGAAGGUCAGGGAGGAGCUGGAGAAGAUGAAGGCUGCCAAGUCGGAUGAUGAGCAGGAAGACGUUCCGAUGGCCCAGCGCAAGCGGUUCACCCGCGUCGAGAUGGCUCGUGUACUGAUGGAGCGUAACCAGUACAAGGAGCGCUACAUGGAGCUGCAGGAGGCGAUCCGGUGGACUGGCAUGAUCAAGGCAUCGCGGACCGACCCCACCAUGGAUUCCAAGAAGAACCGUUCCUCCAUCUGGAAAAUCUUCAGCAACCUGUUCAGCACGGCAGACAAGCCGCAGCAGAAGCCCAUCUCUACAGUCAAUGUGCGUUACAGCGCCCCCUCAACAAGGCUUAGCCCGGCCCUAGAAUCCAUGCGCAAGAAAAGGCUCGGGGAAAAGCACCGGGGGUUUGACUUCCUGGACAGCGACCUCGCGUCGGAGCGACUACAAGCCCAACGGGCCCGCGAGCGCCGCGAGCAGUACAAGCAGGUGCGGGCGCACGUGCGCAAAGACGACGGGAGGGUCCAGGCCUACGGCUGGAGUCUUCCAACCAAGACCACCCCCGUGAAGCUGGACCUGCCUCCCAGCGGCAGCGGCGGUGGCAGUCAGCUUGGGGUGGGCCCACGAGGGGCGCCUUCGCACGUGCCUGUUCCAGUCCCCGUCUUCUGCAGGCCACUUCAGGACAGCCGGUCACCCAUGAAGGUGUGGUGUGCGGCCGGGGUGAACCUGACGGGGGGCCGGACCAGGGACGGAGGCACCAUUGUGGGGGCCAGCAUCUUCUACAAGGAGCAGGGUCCCGAUCCCAACCUGCCGUCUCCCUCCAACGACAUCGACCGGCUCGACCGCGAGCUCAAGGAGCAAGAGGCCCAUCGUAGGGAACAAGAGGAGAUGGCCCAGCACCUCUCUUCCCUGGUCUGGAUCUGCACCUCGACGCACACGAGCAGCGAGGUGUCCGUGGUGGAUGCCAACAAUCCGGCGGACAUCCUCGACUCCUUCCACGUCUGCCCGUCCCACCUGCUCUGUAUCGCCUCCGUACCAGGUGCGAAAGAGACGGACUAUCCGGUUGAUGAAGAGUUCAGCAGGCUCGGGACGGGCGAAGAGGUCACGCAGAAGCCCAAGCAACCCCCCGCCCAGCGGGAGAAAUCGUCCUCGAAGGACGCGGACGCUCAGUCAAGCGAUGCCAAAGACCAGGACGCAAACCUCGGGGUCGGAAAGCUCACCUUUGUCAAGUGCGCCGUAGGGAGCGGACCCUCAUCACCUCCAGACGAGCGAGGCGAAGGCCCGGCUGCUGCGAUUGCGGAAGCGGUUGAAGCCAUUGAAGAGCUGGAGGGCAAUGGUGCCAACGAGGGAGGCCCAGCGCGGGAAAAGAAGGAGCCGAUUCGGAGGCCGUGGGUGCUGCUCAAAGAAGGGGCACCGCCAGACAUUGUCAAGGACGGCAUCUCGGAGUUGCCAACCGACAACCAUCUAGCCUACGACCAGCUGGAGAAGAUGUCCAGCGUGUUGCCAACCAUGUGGCUGGGAUCACAGAACGGAACGAUCUACAUGCAUUCUUCGGUGGCCCAGUGGAGAGUGUGCAUCGACUUUGUGACGCUCUGUGACUCAGUCCUCAGUAUAGUCCACGUCAAGGGGCGCGUGUUUGCUGCUCUAGCUGAUGGGACAGUCGCAAUCUUUCAUCGAAAACAAGACGGCCAGUGGGACCUAAAGAAUUACCAUCUGCUGGACCUUGGAAAGCCACACCACUCGAUCCGGUGCCUGACCGUGGCGCACACCAAGGUCUGGUGCGGGUACCGGAACCGGAUUCACGUCGUGAACCCAAAGACCCUUACCGUUGAGCAUUCGUUUGACGCCCACCCCCGGAAGGAGAGCCAGAUCCGCCAGAUGGCGUGGGUGGGCGACGGCGUCUGGGUGACGAUACGGCUGGACAGCACGCUACGGCUGUACAACGUCCACACCUACCAGCACCUCCAGGACAUCGACAUAGAGCCCUACGUCUCCAAGAUGUUGGGUGCCGGGAAGCUAGGUUUCUCAUUUGUGCGCAUCACGGCACUGCUCAUCUCUUGCAACCGACUCUGGAUGGGAACCGGGAAUGGAGUCAUCAUCUCCGUGCCCCUCUCAGAAACAGGCAACAAGCAGACCAUGGCGGCGUCUUCCGCUUCCACGAGCACCGGCGGCGUGGGUGGCGGCAUCAAAAUGCCCGGCGGCGUGGUGAGGGUGUACAGCGACAGCAGGGAGAACAUCACCACUGGCAGCUUCGUGCCCUACUGCUCCAUGGCGCAGGCGCAGCUCUCCUUUCACGGACACCGAGACGCCGUCAAGUUCUUUGUUGCCGUUCCUGGCACAGGUGGCAUCAUCUCUUCCGGCCUGAAGGGCAGCCCGGAAAAGAAGCCAGACGUCUCUCUGGGAGCAGACGGAUCCGGACCCAAGUGCAUGCUCGUCCUCUCGGGGGGCGAAGGCUACAUCGACUUCCGGAUCGUUUUGCCACCAGGUGACGGAGAUGAAGAAGAGUCCGGCGAGAGCAUUCAGGCUCCUGCGUCGGCGGGAGCAGUCACCACAGCCGAGAAGAAACUUCACCAGGGCGUCGCAAAGGGCGAACGGAGUCACCUCAUCGUCUGGGAAGUAGCUCUGAACGAGUGAACGACGCUGGCAGUGCGACUCAAGAGAAAUUCUAGAUUCGUCGCGCUUUAUUUCUUAAUUUUCUCGUCUUGACUGGACUGCGCCUGACUGCCGCCACGAUGGAAGAGAAAUUUAAGUUGUGUAAAGGAGCCAUCAUUUGAUUUGUGGUUGCUCGAUCAAUUGUGACAUACGCCUGUAUUUUUUUUGUUUUUAAUUGGGUGUACAGUUUUAAGGAGCCGUGGCUAGAUUUACGUUUGACGUGCGUCCACGAGUUCUGCUGUGUGAAGUCCGGCACGGUCUUUGAAAAUGGCAUGGCGAGAAACGUGCAGUGUACAGUUUUAGGAGGCCUUGUUCCGCGUUUUGGAAGGUGACAGAGACCUUGAGAAUUUUGUACGGACGUCUCAAACAUGUAAUAAAUGUUACGCAAGAUGCAAGAUAUGAGGCUUAUCUUUAGGCUCUUUGUUUAAGAGUAACGAUUAUCGGAACUGGCAAUUUAGCCGCAGAGGGCUCUGAAGGGCCUGGGACUGCGGUGCUUACACCGCGAGCGAAAAACAUGUUUCUUACUAUACAAUGCCGCGAUUGGCUUAUACAUAACAUGUACACACGAGUAGGCUUAGCUUAUCUCAUUGUGGAAUUAUAAAUAUAAUAUAUAUAUAUAUAUAUACAUAUAUAUUGCAAGUAUGUGGCAUUGUUCUUUGGAGGACGCUGUUUGAUCUUUUAGCUUCCAGUGUAUUUAUUCGUUCUCUAGACAAAUGCAGGCUGCCGCUUUUCAAUUGUGUGCAACACAGAAAAACAAAGCGUGUUUAUAUGCGUGAAACAUAUAAAUGCCAUGUACAUGGGGUCAUGCAUAUGUUUCGCAUCUGCUUAGUUAAGAAGUGGAUGUGGAUGUGCCAGGGGGUGCAGAAUGCCGAGCGCACCAUGAACAUUCGUGUGUGCAUUUUAAACGUCCAGUUUAAACAUGGAAAGACUGCGAGCAAGCAUGUGCCGUUUCGAAGUAUUUGUGCGUCGGUUGGAGCUUGAGCUUGCAGCCGUGCGAUUUGUUGCCUGAACUUAAGGUGCCAGGCUACCUUUCAUACUGCAGAAUUUCAGAUUUAGUGCACUUCUAGUUUCUUUUCAUUUUGGAUGUGGACACAUUUUCAAUAAAAAUACAGAAGAUAUCUCUUAUGCUAACGAAAUAUAUGUCUGCAUGCAUCACAGAAAUGAAAAACGAAAACUUGGUUUGAUUUUGGACAUUUCACAAGGUGUGAUUUACAAGUAAAGUAGUCUUGUGAUGAAAAAAUUUGGCUCUCCACAUGCAGACACCAGUUUUUCCAGCUCAUUUGUCCGCCAAUUUCUAUUUAUACCACACUGUGCAUGUGACAUCAUGUAAAGAGGUUGGCAAGAACUGGGUUACUUGACUGUGCUCUUCUUGGAAUACUUCGCUAAAAUACGAAGACAUUUUAUUGGAAGGUAACCUCGCACCUUAAUGUACGCCGAAAAACGGAAAGAAUGAUAUAGGCGAGAUUUGAAAAGCCUGUUGGUGUCGUGUUCAGACACACAAUCGAGUGCUCUGCAUUUAAGUUUUUUAGGCACGCAACUAAAUUGAAGUUUUACUUUGGAAACCUUCAAAAGGAAUUUCUGAAGGGUGUCCAUUCUUAUGCAGUGGCACUAGUCUCGCACUUCAACACAAAGAAAAAAAUUGUCAUUGUUUUAGGCAUCUUUUCUUGCUCAACCAUGUAGAGAGGAAAAAAAAAAGUUAAUGUGUUAAGGCAAACUUUUUUCUUCUUUUUUUUUUUAUUGAACAGACAGCACCUGAUGGUCAAAUGUUUUUAGACUUUUUUGAAAGAGUGAAAGUUUUUAUGCCUGAAUAAAAUUGCAGUCAAUACUGUG